UCCGUGAAUCAAGCAACAGCAGCAACACGAGGCACGAAGUGGAAAUGGCUGAAAAUUCGGCGCGACAGAAUGAGGCGCCGGUUGAGGGCGGCGAUGACGGGAGCAACAACGACGACACAAACACCUCGUACGCCCCCGUGCCGAGGAUGAAGAAGCGUCCGCGCGGAGAAGGAGGAGGAGUCAAGGAGGAGGACGACAUGAACGGUUCGUCUCCCCCGCCGGAGCCGAAAGACCCGCCGUCUGAUGAAGGAGACCAGGCCGCGAGCAGCAACAGCAGCGCAGGCGCCUGCGGGGAGGGCCGAACGUGCGUUUCCUGCCGCAAGAGCAAGGUGAAAUGCUCCAGAGUUUUGCCGUGCGAUCGAUGCCGCCGGCUGAAGCUUGUGUGCAUCGCACAAGUCAGGGGCAGAGGUCGACCCGUCGCCAGCGUGACGGCAGGCAAGAAAAGUUUGAAACUGGUCGAAGACGGGGUGGGCCGCAGCAGCAAGAACGGCGGAGGGGCCGACGACACCAGCAGGAGUGCACGCGUUGCCAAGAGCAUGGCAGCAGAAGCAGAGCCGGGCAGCAGCCAUGCUAACGGUAGCGGCAGCAGCAGCAGGGAGUCAUCUGGCGCCUCCCCGUCUUCAGGGGUUUUGUCGUGUGCGCAUCCCUCUCUCGCCGGCGGUGGCGGCGGAAUAGAUGGCGCGACUGCAGGCAGUAGUGGGAGCAUGAGCACACGGAAGGUCCGGCUGUCUUCCUCUGUCGAGGUGCCUCCUCUAGCUGCCGUUGCUUCGCAGAUUUCCGCCGGGACCUCCCCUUCUCCGCUGUACGCCGCCGCCGUCGACGGGGAGGGCUCGCCCCGAGGCGACCACGGCGGCGAUGGUGGCGUCGGCGUCGGGGAAGGAUUUCUGCUGGCCCACCACGAGCAGCGGCACUUCGAAGCUUGUUCCCGUGCCCUUCCGCCACGCAUCAUGCAAUCAGGGACUCCAACCAUAGCGCCACCGCAGCAGCAUCAACAGCAUCAACAGCAGCAGCAGCAAGGUGUGUACGGCGCUUUGCAUAAUAGCUCGGCGCGACCGCUGUCGGCCCACCCCCUACAAUUCCACGGAGGAGGCGUUGGCGGGGGCGGUAGCGGCAGAAGCGGCCUCAGCGACGGCGGGAGCAUGACGGCGAUGAACGCCUCCGCGUCGCCGGGGUCGAUCAGCUCGGCGGGCGGCUCGUGGCGAGGUGAGUUUAUCGGCGGCCCCGGCGCUGCUGCGCACGCGGUCGGCGGCCUUGGCGGGAUGGGAGAGAUCAGCAGGAACGACAUCGACGUCCCGAACGGCCAGUGGGAGUACAUGAAUGGCACUGAGGUCGCGACGACGACGGCAAAACUCGAAGGCGAGGUGAACGCGCCCACCUCCUCCUCCUCCCCAGCUGAAAGCUUCGCCCCCAUGCCGAUGGGUCACAUGGCGAACAGCGGCAACGGGGGUGGCGGCGGCGGCGGCGGCGGCGCGGGCGACGGUCGGGGCGAGAACGGGUGCGGCGGCGGCGGCGGCAUGGGCAUGCGGAGAGGCAAGGGCAUAUCCUCGCUCUCGAGCGACGGGGGUUUCAAUGGCGCCGGGAAGGCGCCGGCGUCGACGUGGGUGGAGGCGAUGGAUGAGCACACGCACGCGGUCGCCGCCGGCGCCGGCGCUACCGCCGGCGCCGGCGCCCCUACCGCUGGGGAGCGUGGCGCGGCUGGAGGCGGCGGCGGCGGCGGCCCCGACGGUAGGAUCUUCUUGUCGAAAUCGGAAGAUAAGCAACAGCGAUGGCUCAUCGCCGUGGAACGAGGCGCUGAGGCUACGGGGCGUGACUCCGGCGGCAGGUCGCCAGGAGCUAACGGAGGCAGCGUCGAUCCUACCGAGGCUAUCGUGUCGGGCUUCUGGAAACUGUUCAGAGAACACGGGAUCCACCGUCCAAAGGCGGUCCUUGUCAUCCGGCAUUGGGCGCUGUGCGCCCUGGACAGGCGGAGCACCCACCUCAUGCGAGAGACGGUCAGCAUGGCGAGGGCGCUGUCCAUCAACGUCGCUGAAAUUCUGAACGACUACAGCAUAUACGCCAUGUUCCACGAGUUAUUACGAGAGGCCGAGGCCGGCAACACAAUCGAGCCGGUGCCUCCCGCGGAACUCGGUCACCAAGAGACCCCGCAGUACAUCCAGGAGAUGUCGUCGGUGUUCGCGGCCGUGUCGAUGCGGGUUGUGCUUCGGGGGCAGAGCAGCUUUCACCACAACGACGUGUGCGGCCGCCUCUUCUUGACCACGCACGAGGCGAACGAGAUGUACGCCUGCGACAACCAGGACGUGUGGGCGACGUGCAUUCACCCGGACGAUCACAAAGCCUUCUUCGAUAACUUGUCGAUGCAGCUCUUCCGUACUCCUGGGCACCAGUCCGAGUUCAAGAAAGUGUUGAAGUGUCGAGACCGAACUGGGGUCGUUUUUCUGGCGCUGGUCCACUUCCGUUACGAGUUCCGAGACGACGGCAAUUUCGCCGCGUUCGGCCUGAGCAUUCUCCCCCUGCCCCAGUCGGACUACAUCCAGAAGGUCGAGCAAACGCUGACCGCGUCCGACGGGCACGGAAGCAGCGGGGGUUCCACCGCCGCGUCGCCGUCCGUGCAGCCGCAGCCGGAAAUGCCAUCAUCGUCGAGGCCGUCGCUGCCGCCGCCGCCACGGUUCGUCGGUAGCGGUAACAGCGGCGACAGAAGAGCGGGGGGGAUGGGGGCGGCGGCUGCCGCGACGACGGCGCUUCGCGGCGUGUCGUCCGCGAGCUGUAGCGUGCCCUCGUUCUCGGGGGUCAUGACCGCUGUUGCCGCAUCGGUUGCAGGAGAAGGAGACUGCGUGCUAUCGCGGCAGCCGCUCCCCCCGCUUGACCUCGAGGUGAUGCAGCGGCGGCCGGGCUCACUCGGCGGAUACGGGAGCGGGGGCGGAGAGUCGGCCGACGUUUCGCCGGGGAUGGCCGCGGGCGGCGGCGGUUUCAGAUUCUCCCGGCUGUCUUACGGCGGCGGCGGCGGCAGCGGCCGCCGGAAGAACGCCGUUGUCGGGGCCGGCGAAUCGAACCACUCCUGGGGUCGGGCUCGACGAUAGCUUCGAUUCCUCGAGAGAGAGCAUGAGCAGCAUGAUGUUUCAGAUGCACGGCGGCGGGGGCGGCGGCGGCGGCGGCGGCGGCGGCGGCGGCGGCGGGGGCGGGGGCUUCCCAUCGAUGGGUGACAUCGGGAUGGGUGGGCUGGAACCUAGGUCGAGUAGCGGGGGCGUGUCCGGCGGUUGGAUGGGGACCUCGAGUCGCGCGGAGAUGAGGAUGAUGGGCGGGCUUUAGAUCGUCCGGUCGUCAUAGCAUCUUCCUUUACUUGUUGCGGCGGCGCGAUCAUCCGCCGGUGAAUCGUAGAAGCGUAUCAGGAGCUAGAGGGAAGCGGCGAUCAAAACGUUAGGGGCUGAGCGGUCGGGCCGAAGGGAAAAUAAAACUCGACCGUGUCGCGCAGGUUUGAAUAGAGCUUAAAUCUGCCCAACACACGGUUUCGUGAGGCGAGCGUGCGGAGCACGGCACGCGACGAACAACGUAGGACGCAGCCCGGUGUGUCAUGUAUUUGUCCAUUGCGGGCUUGCUGCCUCGGGCUUGGUAAUAGUGUUUCGGCAGGGCAGUCGGUGGGGAACCGGUGCUGCCAUCGUCGGAGAACAGUCAUAAUUACUGCGGGGGGGAGAGAGCGGUAGGAGGGAGGGACCGGGGAUACCGGCGAGAACCCUAAUCCUCGUGAAGAAAAAGUGUAUGUAGCAACUACCACGAUCGUAGCUGUUCGGUCGUGUGAGAGUUGAGGUUUUUGGAGAGAGGGUAAGGGUGGGUCGUGCGGGAAUGCAUCACGGGGCCGCCUGCGUGUUGGCCACGGGAGGAUGGUAUCACUGAUAAAUUCACUACUGUAUGGGCUUCAAAAACAAACUCAAAAUAAGCCCAGUUUCCAGCCGGUGUCACUCACCGAUAAAUACUUGAGCACAUCCCUUUCGACGGCUUUGGUUAUAUCUCGAACGGGUAGAUGGUCUUUCUGCGAGAUUGCGUUUACUUUCUUAAAAUGCCGUGAGGGACCGUUGGGCUCUCUCUGGAUGUGUGGCUCGUGCUCCCCCUAGAGGCGACUGGUGUCGUCGGCAUUGCGGCUCCUUUUUUGUUUUUGUUUGCGCCCUUGUAUCUUGCCGGUCCCGCCAGAAACGUCGUGCACCAACCCCUUCCUACUACUAUUGUCUAUCGCUAUUUCUAUGUACAGAGGGAUGUUUUGUGACACAGCUGUGUGUCCGGUUGAUUAUGGUGAAGUACGUUUUUCCUCUUCGCUUUUUUUUGUGAACAUCUGUGUGUCGUAGUGGACCUGGGUGCUGGAGGGAGUUUUCAAACCCCGUUACCGAGUCGAGAGUUUUUUGUGUUGUAUUGUUGUAGCAGGGCGAAUGUUCUCGGCUGAUUCUGUUUCCCCGGGACAUGGUGUUGGUGUCGCCGCACUGCUGUGAUUGAUCAUUUCGCGGUGGCCUCGCCUCAAGGGGACGGGGGGAAACAAAGAGAGAGGAAGAGAGGGGGUCGAUUUGAGCAUCGCUGUAAGAUUUUCACCGCAGAUAUGGGUACCGCGUAUACCAAGUAGCAUUCGAGGCUUAAUCUGGCCAUCCCAAUGGUAUACUUCCAUGCCGCCACACAGUUUGCUAAUGCCGGGGGGGGCGGGGGACUGUUGUAAGGGAAGUUACUUGUCGUUCAUGUGUGUUUUGCGUUGUGCCACUGGCUUUGUUCCUCGUGUUCCUCGUUGUGUUAGGGAGAACAGGAACCGCCUUCUCUUCUCGACCAUUGGCCGAGCUUCAACCGCUACCGCACGCUCUUGUCUCAAGGUGUUGAAAUGAGGUAUUGCUUGGGGGGGGGGCUGGCCCUGCCCCGCUAUUGCCUGUGAAACCGUCCCCCUCCCGGGGUGGCACUACAGUGGCGAUUUGAAGUAGUGCUGGGCUGGAUGUGGCCGGCAAGGAUGACGUUUGUCUUGAGGAUGGUGACUAUUCGGGCGUCCUUGGUUGUGGAACACGAGGGGCCAGCGGAUGAAAAGGCGUGCUUGGCACGGGCUGGAGAGGGAGGGCUGCUGGUUUUUGGAUGCGUGCUGCGCUAUUUAUUUCGUCCGUCGUGGAAGGCUCUGUCUCGGUGCGUUAUCUCGUGGUUGGUUCUGGACCAAGGCUAUGUAACACAAAACAACACACCCAAGCUAGAUGGUGUUGUUUGUGCCCAAUCAACAACAACGCGAGUUGGACGCGGCUUUGCAAGCGCCUGGUGGUGAGCUUUUCACUGCCGCCGACCGUAUUUUUGUGCUUGUUUUGUGACUGGAUGAUCCGUGCUUUUUGUCCCUCAUUUUUCGUUCUUUGGCAAUCUUUGGGUGAGACUUGCGUGGCAUGUCGCGUAGCAGACGGCGUUUUUUCUUUGCGUCAUGCGGUGCGUUGAUGCUUCCUUUACGGCUGUAGCCCUUGCUGCUAUGAAGGGGUUUCAGUUUCCGUUGCGACCGUGGAGGUUUAUCUUGAUUUGCUUGAACGUAGAACCCGGUCCAAUACGGGGCGUGUUUUCUGUCUCGAGUUUGACUCAAGUGGCGAGCACGUGUAUGGCAUGUUUUGGAGCUCCGUUGCGGUGUUACCAUGUCUCAGCGGUAAGCAACCCUGAGUUCAAUGGACGAUACCGGUUUCCCGGGGUAGGGGGUCGAUGUCGCAGCCGCUGAUGCCGCGGAUGCAAGAGCGCCAUUGGACUUGUAGACUUGAAAAAGGUGAUGAUUUUGGAUGGAUUCUUUAGUUCGUACCGGGUGACUAGAAAGUGUUGUGUUUGCCUGGGUGAGCUUGUACAGGUUUAACGUCGAGGAGUUGCGCCGCGUUCGAUAUUCCCUGUUUUUUUUUAUUUUGUUAAUUACGUUGUCUGGAGCCAUAGUCUAGUGUGGUUUUGGGGGAAAAUAUCUGUCAUGGAAGCGUGCCUAUAUCUCACCACUUUCUUGCCUGUCUUAUGUUUUGUGACUUGUUCGUGUGUUCUUCACUCGGCCGGGCUACCGCUGUACAUGAAGCGCACACACGGUCCCCCAGAAGAAACAUUCCAGUCCCCAGAGCAACUCUCAAGGUUACCAGGGAAGGUCAAAGUCCUUUUAUUAGUGUAUGGGAAACUUUAAUUAGAAACAGAGCGAUUGUCGUCGUAGUCGAUACAUCCACGUGUGUAGUAGACGUGAUUGGGGCUUUCUUCGUUGCCGGGAGGGUAAACAUUUACUUGUGUUUCGGACGUAAUUAUUUGAAUUGUGUUGGCGUGAGACUCUCGAGAGUGCGUUUUUUUUGCAUGGAAGUGUGUGGUUUUUUCCGUCGCCAUGACCGUGCCGGGGGGAGCCCCGGCCGCAUGUUGUUGUAGUGCAUGUCUUUCCCCGGCAUUCCUCUUCACAAAGGAAAAUAACAAGCUAGCUUUAAUCACCAAACGCCCGGAUUCGCUCGUGAA